CACAAACGUACCCCCGCUGGGCACUGGGCAGCAGCUAAGAACAUCGACUUAACAACUUGACAAGCUGCUCACUUCUCGCAGUUUGAAUCGAUUCAGCCUGCUUGACAUAUCCCUAUCGCACAUCGGCCAACAUGGCAUCUCUCAACCUAUCGACCAAUGGUCCCUCAAUCAAGAAGAGCUACCAGAGCAUCGUGGACGGACCCGCGCCUUCAGCUCCUUCGUCGACCUAUGCUCAAUGGGCGGUAUACUCGGUGCAGGCUCCUCUCACAAGCGCCUUCCAACAAGACUCGAGCAAGGAGAGCGUACUCAAGGUCCAGACUACUGGAGAGGGCGAGCUGGACGAGCUCCUCGAGGAAUUCUCGGAUGGUCGCAUCCAAUUUGCCUUUGCUAAGCUCAAGGAUCCCAACUCUGGUCUGCCCAAGUCGGUGCUGAUCUCGUGGUGUGGCGAGGGUGUGCCCGAGAGGACAAAGGGCUACUUCAACACCCACCGCGCCGCAGUGUCCAAGCUGCUCCAUGGCUAUCACGUCGAGAUCACAGCUCGCUCCGAGAGCCACCUCAGCCCCGAGGGCAUUAUCGAGAAGGUAGCCAACGCGUCCGGCGCCAAGUACGGCGGUGGAUCAUCAACCUCCGCCUCGAGCGCCUCUGUCUCACGCGUCCCUCCUCCGCCUGCUGCCACCAAGCCCGUCUUCAUGCCCACUCGUACCGGCGGCUCUCUUCUUGCCUCGCGACCAAAGCCCGUAGCUCCCUCGUCGACCGACAAUGACGGCUGGGGCGAAGAUGCCCCCCAGUUGUCCCGCAACACUCUCCAAAAGGUGGAAUCUGCAUACAAGCCUACAAAGGUCAACAUGGCCGAACUUACCAGCCAGAAGCAACAACCCUCGCGCUUCCAGCCUCCGACAAGGCAAGACAACCACGGCCCAAGCGACGUCGUUAGAGGCGGCUACCAACCCAUUGGCAAGGUUGACAUCAACGCCAUUCGCAGCCAGGCAAGAGAACAGAAGGAUGAUCGACCCACAAUUGUCAAGGGAGCUUACGAGCCCGUCGGCAAGGUCGACAUUGCUGCUAUCCGCGCAAAGGCUCAAGCUGCCCCAUCGCCCGCUGCUGCUCCCGCUCCUGUGAACCAAUCGCGCACUGAUGGUGAUGAGGAGGAGGAAGAAGCCCCCAAGUCCCUGGCCCAGCGAUCGGCCGCCUUCAGUCAAUCAAACCAGUCUGGUCGUUUGAGUGAGAUGCCCAAGCCCAAGGUCGCCAACCGCUUCGGCUCUUCAACGAGCUCUUUUGCUGGUACAAAAGCUCCCACUCCUGUCGGCUUCGGUGUUCCGCCGCCAGCUGCUUCCGCCCCUAUCGGUGCUGCUAGUAAGAACUUUGCCAGCACAGACGGCAAGUCUCCAGCUCAGUUGUGGGCGGAGAAGAAGGCCCGUGAACGUGGCCUUAGCGGUGCCGGUGAGACUGCUCCUCCUGCACAAGCUGCUGCCGCUGCUUCGCCCAUGCAGAGCCAGCCUAGCGGUGGAUGGCAGAGCGGAUAUACCGGCAAGUCCUGGGCAGCUGUCUCGACCAAUCGUACAGGCACAAGCAACAUCAGCGCUCAGAAGACCGGCCAGAGCGACGUCAGAUCUCCCGAGCGUGAGAUGGAACCUGAAUUGCCAUCUGGCGGCGUCAACGCCCUCAAGGAUCGCUUCAAGAAUGCUGCUCCUAUGGGUGCAUCUAGCGCUAGCGAUGAUUCUCCUGCCCCAUCUAUGCCUCCUCCAAUGGAUUUCUCCAGUAAGCCCAAUGCCGGUGCUUCUGGUCGCUCCGUACCUCCACCUCCUCAGGAAGAAGACGACGAAAGACCUGAGGAAGAGCAUGUCAGUCUUCCUCCUCCUCCUGCUCAACCUCGCAGCCCUACGCCAUCUCCUCCCAGCUCUCCUAUUCGCGUCGCCAUGCCUGUAGCUCGUGGAGCUCCUGUUGAGCCUAUGGAGGCUCCGGAAGAGCGCUUCGUACCUCCCCCCAUGCCCACACAGUCGCUCUCAAACGCAGCCUCUGCUGCCGCCUCACACAUGCGUGACGAACCGGAAGACGACCAUGAUGACCAUGCUCGCGCUGCUGCUGAGGAAGCAUCUGCCACCACCUUUGGCGCAAGUGCUGCUGCAACCGCCAACCCCGGUGCUGGUAUUGCUGGUAAGCGUGCGCUCGUCCAAUACGACUACGAAAAAGCCGAGGACAAUGAGAUUGAGCUUCGCGAAGGCGAGUACGUCGAGAACAUUGAGAUGGUCGACGAAGACUGGUGGAUGGGACAAAACUCGCAGGGCGAGACUGGUCUGUUCCCCUCAAACUACGUCGAGCUUGUGGUAAAUGAGGAUGAUACUGCUGCUGCUGGAGGCGCUGCUGCCCCGCCACCUCCUGCUCCUGCCCGUGAGGAGCCUGCCGCCGCUGCUGGUAACCAGACCGCCACAGCACAGUACGAUUAUGAAGCCGCCGAAGACAACGAGCUCAGUUUCCCCGAUGGUGCGAAGAUUACUGAUUUGGAAUUCCCUGAUGAAGACUGGUGGUUUGGUCACUACAAUGGCCAACAAGGUCUCUUCCCUGCCAACUAUGUCGAGCUGGACCAGUAGAUUUGCGAGCGCGUUUUGUUGUCGCCGCCUCGUCGUGUCACGAGAAGACGAUCGUCAAUUUGGUAGAAGUAGCGUAUAUUCUCUUUUUGCAAAAAGAACCAAUGGACAG